AUGACAGGACGUGGCAAGGGCGGAAAGGAGCUCGGAAAGGGUGGCGCCAAGCGUCAUCGCAAGGUGUUGCGUGAUAACAUCCAGGGUAUCACCAAGCCUGCCAUCCGUCCUCUUGCACGGCGUGGAGGUGUCAAGCGUAUCUCUGGUCUCAUCUACGAAGAAACCCGCGGUGUCCUCAAGGUGUUCCUCGAGAACGUGCUCCGUGACGCCAUCACCUACACCGAGCACGCGAAGAGGAAGACCCUCACCGCCAUGGACGUCGUCUACGCUCUCUCUCUUGAUAGAUAG